AUGCAGCAAGAUAGAGAUCUAAAAGAGCGCCAAUUGAGGGAGGAACGUGAGAUGUUGAAAAGGCAAUUGAAAGAAGAAGCUAGAUUUGCUAGCGAACGUAAGAAGCUGCACGAGCAUUUUCAAGAUGCGAAGAAAGCAAUUGCGAAGAGUAUUUCCGAAGAAACAGAAGGUGCUGUUGGAGGGGAGAAGCUGAAGAACGACAACGAAUUAUCGUUCGAUAAGAAGGUCCAGUUCUGGCUGAAGCAGCAGGAUCAAGGUAGAAAUGGAGCGAAAUCCAAACUAUCCUGCUCAAUAGCGGAUAGUGAAGACUACGGUGAAAUCGAAGAGGAUGAUGCACCUGAGGAAAAAGGAGAUGCUCUCGAAGCUGUCCGGAGCCGGUUAGUCCUUCCGGAGUCGGUACCGGAUGUCAUCAACGACCUUCGUCGUAUAUUUGGCAGACCAGAGAAACUGCUGAAGACCCUUCUCACGAAAGUGCGGAAUGCACAAGCGCCAAGGGCCGAUCGCUUGGAAACCUUCAUGCAAUUUGGAAUAACAGUGAAGCAGUUGUGCGAUCACUUGGAGGCGGCUAAGCUAGCGGAUCACCUUAAUAACCCAAUGCUUGUCCAGGAAUUGGUGGAGAAACUACCGUCAAAUUACAAAAUGGACUGGGUCCGUUUCAAAAGGAGCAGGAUAGGAUCUCCUUUGAGAAUAUUCACCGAUUUUAUGAACGACAUCGUAGCAGAUGCAUCCGAAGUAUCAGAGUUCUCGACACUCUUUUUGAGUGACACCCGAGAAUCAUCGCACUGCGGGAAAGGGAAACCAAAACGAAAGGAAUUAAAGGUCGUGGAGCAACACAAGCUCUGUGCCCUGUGUUUGAACAACCACGGGAAGAGUCGUUGUACCUUCAGGAUUCGCUGCAAUAUCAAUGGAUGUCAAGGUGGUCAUCACACUCUAUUGCAUCAUGCUGAGGGAUCCGUGCAGCUUAUGGACAUUGCGUGCAACGCGCACGGCGCACUGAGCCGCGGAGUAAUCUUCCGGAUGGUGCCCGUAACUCUAUAUUUCGGGGACCAUGCACUGGAUAUACUGGCAUUCUUGGAUGAAGGUUCGUCAUCUACUCUGGUUGAAAAUGCCGUAGCUAGAGAGUUGGAUGCCCGAGGGCGCGCGGAACCGCUGGUAGUAACAUGGACAGGCAAUGUGAAGAGAUUCGAAACUACGUCCAAAAGAGUCAACCUUAUGAUUUCAGCGCGUGAAUCGGAUGAAAAGUUGCCGUUGAAAGACGUUCGCACUGUUGCCGAACUAAAACUUCCAAAACAGAGUCUCCAGUAUACAAAAUUAGCUGACCGAUACCCACAUCUCGACAAUAUUCCCGUAGCGAGCUACGAGAUUGAAGAGCCUAGAAUCAUCCUUGGACUGGAUAACCUAAAUGUGUUUGCUCCACUCGAAUCACGAGUUGGAUCACCUGGCGAGCCGAUCGGUGUUAAAUCCAAGCUAGGGUGGACGGUUUACGGCCCGCAACCGAGCGGAACCGUAGUAUCAGAAGUAAGAGUCAACCUUCACUCGUUGGAACCAAUGACCAACCAGGAGCUACACGACGCCAUGCGUUCUCAGUUUUUGUUGGACGAUCCCUCGGUAGCCUCUGUGGCAGAAUCAAACGAAGAUGCGCGGGCUCGGAACAUAAUGCAGACAACAACAAAGCGAAUUGGAGACCGGUACGAAACCGGAUUACUGUGGCGACGAGAUGAGCAGAGAUUCCCAGAUAGCUACCCAAUGGCUGUCUCACGAUUGAAAGCGUUAGAGAGAAAGCUGGAGCGAGAUCCGGAACUUGGUUCGAAGGUUCAUCAGUUAAUAGCUGAGUACCUGAUAAAAGGCUAUGCACAUAAAGCUACCGUCGACGAACUGGCAGAUAUGGCGAAGGGAAAUGUCUGGUAUAUUCCUCUGAACGUUGUUAUCAACCCUCGAAAACCAGGGAAGAUUCGUCUCGUGUGGGACGCGAGAGCAUCUGUCAAUGGGAUAUCACUAAACUCGGAGCUCUUAACCGGCCCUGAUCAGCUAGUGCCUUUGCAGACCGUAAUCAGCAAGUUUCGGGAAAAACGCGUGGCGUUUGGCGGGGACAUCCAGGAGAUGUACCACCAGUUCCGUAUAAGAAGGGCAGACAAAAAGUUCCAAAGCUUUCUCUUCCGACGAGAUCCGGGCAGCUCUCCUGAAACCUAUGUGAUGGACGUCGGAACAUUUGGGGCGAAGUGUUCUCCAUGCUCUGCCCAAUUUAUAAAAAACUUGAAUGCGGCGCAAUUCGAGCAACAAUUUCCGGAAGCAUCAGCAGCAAUAAUCAACAAACACUGUGUUGAUGAUUAUUAUGAUAGUGUAGAUACCGUUGACGAAGCCAUCAAGAUAGCUACCGAUGUGAAAUUGAUCCAUUCUCGUGGAGGAUUUCACAUCAGAAAUUGGGUGUCGAAUACUCCAAAUUUCCUGGAAGCGAUGGGAGAACAGCCGAUAACCUCUACUGUGCGCUUUCAUCAAGACAAGGAAACGUUGACUGAACGCGUCCUUGGAAUAGUCUGGAACCCAGUGGAUGAUGUUCUUUCUUUCUCCACGGCUACACGUCCUGAAUAUCAUUUAAUGCUUCAUGGGGAUUCUGUUCCUUCCAAAAGGAUCGUUUUGAGCUCAGUAAUGUCAAUGUUUGACCCCCUUGGGCUAUUAUCACCAUUCACUGUGUAUGGACGAAUAUUGAUACAAGACUUGUGGAGAACUGGCUGCAGCUGGGACGAGCCCAUCGAUGGUCAGUCGUUCGAAAAAUGGACUCGAUGGACGAAAGCACUUCCGAGUAUCGAGGCCAUUCGCAUACCCCGGAGCUACUUCGGGCAAGCAAGUUCGGCGGACAUUCAAGACCUUCAACUCCACAUCAUUACUGAUGCCAGUAAAGGUGCAUACGGAUGCUCGGCAUAUUUUCGGGCAGUUGUUAACGGAAGGAUACCGUGUGUGUUGGUAUCGAGCCGUGUCAAAGUAGCACCGUUGAAACCAAUGUCUGUGCCACGGUUGGAACUGCAGGCAGCAGUAUUAGGAGCAAGGUUAGCGGUAGCAGUACGAAGUAAUCACACGUUCAACAUAGCGCAACAGGUUUUCUGGACCGACUCUACAACCGUAUUGUCCUGGAUUACCUCCGACGUACGAAGAUACAAGGAGUUCAUUGGAUUACGGAUCGGCGAGAUCCUGACGCUUUCCAAGCUUUGCGAAUGGCGUUGGGUUCCUACCAGGCUGAACGUGGCGGACCAACUAACAAAGUGGACCCGCGAUCCAAAUUUAAAUUCAGACAGCGAGUGGUUCAUAGGGCCUAAAUUUCUCUAUCGAGAGGAGGAAGACUGGCCAAAACAGAAAAGGUAUGAAUCCACGCAGGAAGAAGCAAAAGUACAUCUACUUGCUCAUGAUAUUCAGCUACUCGCACCGAUCAUCGAUGUUCAUCGAUUUUCGAAAUGGACCGUUUUGGUACGAACUAUGGCUACUGUCUUUAGAUUUGUAUCCAACUGUCGUAGAAAGAUAAACGGAUUGUCGAUCGAAGUGCUAAAAGCUACAGAUAGGCAAGCGAAAGCAAUCAAGAAAAACUAUUCGAUAGAACAUUACCCUUUAAAGCAAUUGGAAUACGAGAAGGCGGAACGGAUUCUGAUAAAAGUAGCACAAGCUGAAUCGUUUGGUAACGAGGUGAAGGUAUUGAUGAGGAACGCAAAUGUGUCCGUAGCGGAUAGGCAGCAGAUCGAGAAGUCAAGCUUCCUUUACAAACUGACGCCCCUUAUUGAUGGCGACGGAAUUCUACGGAUGGAAAGUCGCGUGGAACGUGCAGAGUUCCUAUCGUUUGACCUUCGUUUUCCCAUAGCUUUGCCAAAAGAGCACGAGGUUACAAUGAAGAUCGUUCAACACUACCACGAACGAUUUGGUCAUGGAUAUAGGGAGACGGUGAAGAAUGAAUUACGGCAACGAUUCUUCGUACAAGCGGUGGGCGCAGUUAUCACCAGGGUCAUGAAAGAUUGCGUGGAUUAUCUGGGCCCAUUCGUAGUCACGGUAGGCCGUCGCAAAAUCUUCUCGGACAACGGUUCGCUGUAUUGA